AUGCGUUCCGCUUUCCUUUUCGGCACAGCAGCCCUUACAGCUUCUGCUUUCGCUAGCCCGAUCAUCAAGCGAGACAACGACCCCAGUGGCCCAGGAGGAUCCGGUCACGGUGCAGGCGACCACGGGAACCAUGGAGGUCACGGAGGCAAUGAUUUCCAAGACUUCUCGCCGUCCCUCCCGGACGACUUCCCAAACCCGAGCCAAGACCAGAUCGACGAUAUCCAGGACCGAGCUCACGGCACACUCCCCAACAGCCCUCUUCCGACGGGUUUGAGUGACGACGGUAUCACCAACUUCAAGCUUAUCGCCUUUAACGAGAUAUUCGAAGUCGCGUUUUUCUUCGAGCUCGUGCAGAACAUUACCCACAACGUCGAAGGCUACCAAUUCGGUGAGGAUAAGGACCAGGUCCUCGAGAACCUCAAUGUCAUUCUUGCCGUAGAGGAGCUUCACGCUCUUGGUGCAAACGCUAUCCUCCAGGCCAACCACGUCGAUGCUAUAAAGCCCUGCAAGUACAACUUCCCGGUCUCCGACUUUGAGAGUGCGAUCGCCCUUGCUGCCACCUUCACCGAUGUCGUCCUCGGCACGCUCCAGGAUGUGAACGACAUCUUCGCGCAGAACACCGAGAACGGCCCCGUCCGUCUAAUUUCCUCGGUUAUCGGCAACGAAGGCCAGCAAGAGGGUCUAUUCCGCAUCAUCCAGAAGAAGACCACGCCCGCACAACCCUUCCUCACCACCUCUACGCGCGACUUUGCCUUCACCGCCAUUCAGGGCUUCGUCGUUCCCGACAGCUGCCCGAACAUCGACACCAUCCCACUCAACACCUUCAAGCCCCUCAACGUCCUUACCCAAAACAUUGAGCCCAAAGACCAGAAAAUUGAGUUCAGCUUCAAUCUCUCGGAAGUCGAUGUCGAUGUCGAAUCCCUCUCAUUAGUCUUGAUCAAUGCGCAGAACAAGCCUAUUGUUGAGAAGCUUGAGGAUAUUGAGGUCAAGGAUGGCAUUGUUACUUUUCAGGCUGAUUUCCCUUUCGAGGAUUUCCUCCUCUACGGUUUGACUAUCGCGGCUGUCACGCACAGCGCGGAAUCCUUUGACAGUGCGGACGAUGUAGCUAAGCAGACCGUCUUCGGUCCUGGUCUUAUCGAGGUCAGUUAG